UCGCUACGCCAUUCUCCGACCUCUCCGGCUUCUGGAACCGUCGCUAUCCGUUUUCACCGGCCUGGCCUCCAAUCGUCGACGAGGCCAGUCAACACCGGAUCUUGGCAUUCACCUGGUUUUUCGAGGUCAUGUUCGGGGUUGAUCAUCGUGCGACCUCAGAUCGAACCUCGAUCUAAAUGACCUCUCCUCAGAUCCCUUGAAAUUGCUGGCAUUCAACUAAAAGUAGUUUCCCCGGGAAAUUCGACAUGGCGGCGUCUGGGCAAGCAGCGGCUGGAACUCUCAGCUUGCACGAUCGAGAGAUCCUGUCGGCGCUGAACGUUGGAGCUUCGAGCCUCUCCUUCGUUGGGUCGGGUUUCAUAGUACUGUGCUACGUACUCUUUAAAGAGCUCCGCAAGCUCUCCUUCAAGCUCGUUUUCUAUCUUGCUCUCUCCGACAUGCUGUGCAGCUUCUUCAGCAUAGUUGGGGAUCCAUCCAAAGGAUUCUUUUGUUACGCGCAGGGUUACAGCACACAUUUUUUCUGUGUGGCUUCCUUUCUUUGGACAACUGUUAUUGCCUUUACCCUUCAUCGAACUGUUGUCAGACACAAAACUGAUGUUGAUGAUUUGGAGGCUAUGUUUCAUUUGUAUGUAUGGGGAAUUUCUCUAGCUAUGACAGUCGUUCGCUCUAUUGGGAAUGACCAUAAACAUUUUGGUGCAUGGUGUUGGACGCAGACAGGGCGCACUGGCAAGGCUGUUCACUUCAUAACAUUUUAUGCUCCCUUAUGGGGAGCAAUACUCUACAAUGGCUUUUCCUAUUUUCAAGUCAUUCGAAUGCUAAAUAAUGCAACUCAUAUGGCAGUAGGGAUGUCAUACCAGCCAGAUGCUAGAGCAGACGUAAAGGCUUUGAACAGGUGGGGAUAUUAUCCUCUAAUUUUGAUAGGAUCGUGGGCUUUUGGUACCAUCAACCGCAUUCAUGACUUCAUUGAUCCUGGCCAUAAAAUCUUCUGGCUGUCUUUUCUUGAUGUGGGCGCUGCCGCCUUAAUGGGUUUGUUCAACUCAAUUGCAUAUGGGCUAAACUCUUCCGUACGCCGGGCAAUUCAUGAGAGAAUGGAGCUUCUUUGGCCUGAGAGGCUGAGAAGAUGGUGGCCCAACAAGCUGAGGUCGAGACUACCGCAGCAAGAGAGUGAACUAGUCCCAUUAAAAGUUCAACAGCAGUAUUAGCAACUUAUCCAAACUUCCAUCUAGCAAGUUGUUUCAUUCUAUCAUGGACUUGUCUCGAAAGGUUCUAGUCAGCAGCAGAAGCCCAGCCUUCACAUUUACCUUCCUUGUGAUUCUUCCAUGGCCAGCCUCACCCAUAUUACAACCAGUGGGACAUGUCCGAAAAUUCUUCAUGGCAGCUCUAACUGGAGCCACACAAUGAUGGAGAGGUUACAUGGCCCCUGUAGCUAUAUCAGCAAAAGCGAGCUUAAACCCAUUAUUAUAGGAAAGAUUGUAUUUGCGCUCUUCCAGUGAUGUUUGUGUGCAAAUUAGUGAUCAGGAAAAUUGAUUCGUAGCACUUGGUGACUGAUUCUGUAUAUAGAUUACUGUUUCUCCAUCUAUGCAGAAUUGUGAUGAUCUCACUUGAUCAGUUCUUUUCCAUUCUGAGGGUUCACGAAACAUCUUCCUUGUAUUCCCUUUCUAAGAUUUGGACAUUGUCAUAAUAGUUUCAUCAUCACUAUCUUAAUAACUAUUGGUAUGGUUGAA